AUGUAUGAAAGUGAUGAUGAAGAUUUAACAUUAUGUCCUACAACACUUGCUGCCUUAAAUGAGUUCCUUAAAGAAAAGGAAGAAAAAGAAAAUCAAUUAAAAUAUAGUUUAGAAAAUCAAAAUUUAAAUGUUUCUUUUGAUGAAAAUUGGCAAUUAAGUCAGUUUUGGUAUGAUGAUAACACAACAGAUACUCUUGUAAAAGGUGCUAUAAAAUGUACAGAAUCUAAUGGAAAAAUUGCUCUAAUAUCAUGUCCUACGCUUUAUAGUAAAUUAAAAAAGAACUGUGGUGAACGACAAGUCACCCUUUUUGAAUAUGAUGAACGUUUUAAAAUAUAUGGACAUGACUUCAUAUCAUAUAAUUAUAAAUUUCCUUUAAAUAUACCUAGAGAUAUGUCAAAUUCAUAUGAUUUGGUUAUAGCUGAUCCACCAUUUCUCUCUGAUGAAUGUUUAACAAAAAUUGCAGUUACAAUAAAAUUUUUAGCCAAAAACAACAUUGUGCUCUGUACAGGUGCUAUUAUGUAUGAAUUGGCAGAAAGAUUGUUAAAUAUUAGAAUUUGCCAUUUUGUUCCACAUCAUCAAAAUAAUCUUGCAAAUGAAUUUUAUUGUUAUUCAAAUUUCGAUUUUGAUAAA